UAGAAUGAAACAAAUGUUGACCCUGCAUCUGCACGUGUUGGAGUGCAAAAGACGGUAUUUAAUGAAAAUACGAAGUUUUGUAUAAAAAGAAUUGCAGUGAUAAGUCGCAGUUGAAUGCGACGAAUAUUGAAUCAUAGAAUUGCAGAAUUCUCUACUACGAUAAAUAAAAAGAACGAAUGUAGCUGAAAGAACGUUUAUAAAAAUCCAUCAGUUUGGUCUUAAAACGUGAAACGUUAUAAAAAUGGUAAGACAUAACAAUCAGUUACCAGAUAACCUUCCUCAACUGCAGAAUCUUAUAAAACGUGAUCCAGAAUCUUACAAAGAAGAGUUUCUGCAGCAACAUCAGCAUUACAAAUCUACUUUAGAAGUCUUUCGCUUGGAACCCACAAAAUAUAAUAAAAGUCUUGAUGAAUUGAUAACCUUCUUGGCUCAGGUAGCCCAUUGUUAUCCAGAUGAUCUGAAAACAUAUCCUCAAGAAAUAGUUGAUAUAUUACAAACUCUUAAUGUGAUAUUAAACAGUGAGAUGCGAAUGACAUUUUGUAAAGCAUUGAUUCAGCUACGCAACAAAUCUCUUUUAGAACCUACUGCACUUCUCAGUUUAUUUUUUGAACUUUUAAAAUCUCAAGAUAAGAUUUUAAGACAAUUUCUUCAAACGCAUAUAGUCACGGAUGUGAAAAAUAUCAAUGCAAAGCAUAAAAAUGCUAAGGUUAAUACGAUGCUACAAAAUUUCAUGUUUUCCAUGCUAAAAAAUCCUAAUGCCAAAGCGGCAAAGAUGUCUUUAGAUAUCAUGAUAGAAUUGUAUAAUAAAAACGUCUGGAACGACGUUAAAACUGUUAAUGUUAUAGCAACAGGUUGCUUUUCUAAAGUGACAAAAAUAGCAGUCGCUAGUAUGAAAUUUUUUUUGGGAACCGAUAAAGAUGAGAAAGAGAGCGAUGACAGUGAUUCGGAUGAUGAGCCGAAUGUAAAGGAAGUUAUGAUGGCUAAUAAAGUGAAUAAAAAGACAAAGAAACGACAGAAGCAAUUAAAGAAAGUCAAACAACUAGUUGUAAAAGCAAAGAAGAAGAAGUCGAAGGCGCCACAAUAUAAUUUCUCAGCGUUGCACUUGAUUCACGAUCCUCAGGAUUUUGCGGAAAAAUUAUUCAAGCAGAUAGAGAAAAAUAAUGAUAGAUUUGAAGUAAAGCUAAUGACUCUAGACGUUGUUUCUAGACUUAUUGGUUUGCACAAUUUAUUUAUUUUGAAUUUUUAUCCGUAUAUACAAAGAUUCCUUCAACCCCAUCAACGAGAGGUCACCAAACUUUUACAGUUCGUAGCGCAGGCUUCACAUGAAUUAGUACCACCCGAUGAAAUAGAAUCUGUUCUGAAGACUUUGGUAAAUAAUUUUGUAACGGAAAGAAAUUCUGCGGACGUGAUGGCUAUAGGUUUAAAUGCUGUGCGUGAAAUAUGUACACGAUGUCCAUUGGCGAUGAAUGCAGAUCUGCUCGAAGAUUUAGCACGGUAUAAGCAAUAUAAAGAACGUUCCGUUAUGAUGGCGGCGCAGUCUUUAAUUGGAACAUUCAGACGUAUAAUGCCUGAUUUAUUGCGCAAAAAAGACAGAGGCCGUCUUACCGAAGCCGCUGUUAUGAUACAGUCUUCCAAAUAUGGUGAAAUUAAGGCGACCGAAUUCAUACCAGGCGCAGAAGUUCUAUAUGAUCAAGAUGCUGAGAGUACUGAAGAAGCUAAUAACAAUGAUGAAGAAGACGAUGAGGAAUGGGUUGACGUAAAUUCUAACAGUGAAGAGGAAAUCAGUGAUGACGAAUCGGUGUCUGAUGCAGAUAAAAGGACAAAAUCUACUAAUGAAGGCGAUGAAGAUGACGAAGGUGACGAAGAUAACGAUGAUGACGAUGAUGAAGAAGAUGAAGAAGAUGAUGAAGACGAAGAUAGUGAAGAUAGUGAAAAUAAUGAAAAUGAUAAAGAAUUGACAUCUAAUGAAAACGAAAAUAUAGAGAAUACUGGUGAAACAAAUAACGGAGAGCGAGAAACGGAUAAAGUUUCGCGAAAGAAAAAUGUUUUAACGAAGCAACAAAAGAAGGCAGAAAAAUUAGAGAGAAAAGCAAAACAAAAAGCAGAAAAGAAGAAAGAAUUAAUAACUGAGAGGAAAACAAAAGCAUCUGUGAUAUCCACAGAACGAUUGCUUACGGAUAAAGAUUUCAGAAAAAUUGAUGUCGCGUUAGCGAAGCAGGAAAUAACGCACGCUAAACGUAGCGUUAAAAGGACGCAUGAUAAAAUUGAGAAAGAUCAGGGUGGAGAACUGGUGAAACUUAGCGAUAUAGAAAAUAUAUAUAAAAAACGCAAGCAUGAUAAGACUGCUCGACAGGAAUCCGUCAAGAAGGGACAAGAAGGAAGAGAUAAAUUUGGCUUUAAAGAUCGGCGAAAAAAUCCACUGUGCAGUAAAACGAAUCGUGAGAAGAAGAAAGGGAAGGCAUUUCAAAUGGUGAAGCAGAAAUUCAAAGCAAAAGUAAAACGAUCUUUUAGAGAAAAACAAAUAGCUUUGAAAAAUCAUUUAAUUAAACAAAAAAGAAUGAAAUAAUAUUGUAUAAUAUAUUGUAAUGUAUUGUAUAAUAAUAUUGUAAUGUAUAAUGUGUUUGUUUUUAUAUUAUUAACUAAUUUCAGAAGAUAUUUUUAAAUAUAUCUUAAAAUUGAAAA